GACGUACAGUUCACUCGAAGAAGAGAAGGACGUCUACUGCGACGACGAUAACAAUCUACGAUGGCAGCAACAGCAGCGCAAACACAGAAGCCAACCCCACCGAUGGCGGCAUUUCCACCCGAUCCGUUCCUGUCUCCCGAGAAUGGAGGCACUACCGAGUUCAGUGGUCUUCCAACGAUUGAUUCGAGCGCUUCUGGUGAUGCCGACACCACGGACGAUUCCUUGCCACAUUCUGCAAUCAGUCCGGUAGCUCGGAAGAUAUUGCUGGGGGCUGACGACGAUCUUUUUGACGAUCUCGAGUUUGGCGACGAAAGCAACAACGAGCAUAAGAGUCCCCUGGCAGAAGAGUUUCCGUUUGAAAUGCCAUUCGAUGACAGAGAAGUGAAUGGAACGACCAACCUCAACUACCGGCGAGAAAGGCAGGAUUCGUUUCCCGACGUCGAGGAACUCAAGCUUUCUGUUGCAGCGGCUGGGAAAUCGAGUGUAUCGUCCUCUCUGUUGUCCGAACGAAAACGACAGAUUGGUUGCAUGUUAUUUUCACUKGUGAUKGGAAUCAUUGCUCUGAUCGCUUUUGUAGCAAUUGCAAUUGAUGCCAGGAAAAAUCGACACCAAACAACAAGCAUCGACUCUCAAAAUCACAAUAAAAACAGCGUGGAGAAUUUGGAUGACUCCGGCAGCUCGACUCUUGUCUUUGACGGCAAAGGCACUUCCGUCGGAAAGUACGACGACCGAGAAGUCCACUUGAAAAAUUAUUUCGCUCGCUACGGCAUUGUCGAAGAGAUCAACUACCAGGGUUCUUGGACAGCCGCCAUGAACACUCCACAAUCCGAAGCGAUUGCGUGGCUUGCGAACGAGGACACGCAAUUUCCGGUCCUUCCGACACACAACGAGGGACCGGACACCCCACAGGGAUACAAGUUAUUGAUGCGGUAUGCUAUGGCCGUCUUAUACUUUGCGACGGAUGGAGAAAACUGGAAGAACGACUUGCAUUUUCUGGAUGCGGAGAAACCGACCUGCGAUUGGUUUCAAGUCUUUCCGCCACCGAUGGGUCAGGUCGGUGUUUUGUGCAACCAAAACACCCAAGAGAUCGUCGGUCUUUCGCUAAGUGAGUAAUAUUCAUUCUUUCAUUUGUUGGUGUUUUCAAAGGCUCGAACGUUGCAAGUUUUCUUCUCUGCGAAUUUUUCUUCAAGAGCAUUACUAUUAUUGAAUAUUCCUCAUGUGUAGUUUUUCAUCCCCAUUGCUUUAUCUCUCGUUUCCAAUUGAUGUUGCCUACUACGUGUACAUUUCUCGUGCAUCCUUAGUUAGCAACAACCUCGUGGGUACCCUUCCGGCCGAAAUAUCGCUAUUGACAUCUCUGACAUAUCUGGAGUCCAUCGAAAACGAAUUGGGUGGGACAAUACCGUACGAAUGGCACAACCUGCAAAAUUUAAGAACCUUGAUCAUGGGCUUUAGUCAACUUACAGGGACACUUCCAUCCUGGAUGCCAUUGGCGUGGCCCAACCUAGAAUAUCUAUAUCUAAGCAACAACGAGCUUUCGGGAUUUAUUCCCGAUGAGUUUUUCGGCUUUCAGAAAUUGUCGAUCUUGGCCCUCGACGACAACCUUUUUACAGGAAGGACGGACGUGAUUUGGAACUCACUGCAUUCCCUCGAACAUCUAUACAUAGAGGACAAUGGCUUUACAGGAACCUUACCCAAUCUCAUAGCAAAGUCUCACCCAGCCCUUGUUACGCUGGAUAUUUCUUCGAAUCGGCUCAACGGUAGCCUCCCUGACGAUCUCUUUCGGUUGCCUAAAUUGGAGAUUCUCGACGUGCACUCCAACCAUUUUAUUUCUAGUAUUCCGGAAGAUGUUCCUGAAAACAAUCAACACUUGAAAUUCCUAGCCCUUUACAGAAACGAUCUCAAGGGAUCCAUUCCAUCAGCGAUUGCCAAUUUACGACACCUAUCACACCUUGAUCUGUCGAGCAAUUAUCUCACGGGAACGAUUCCCGCAGAGCUGGAAAAAUUGAGCGACACCUUGACGUAUCUAUUUUUGGGAGCCAAUGAUUACAACGAGGGCCCCAUACCGAGCUUCGUUUAUGACAUGACCAAUCUGCGGGAAUUGUCCUUGAAGAGCACGCAUCGGACGGGGACUAUUUCGGGAGUGAUCGGAGCACUCGAAUCCCUGCUGGUGCUGGACUUGGAUGACAACAAACUAUCGGGGUCGAUACCGGAUCAAAUCGGCAUGUUGACAAAUCUACAAUUUCUUCUGUUGAAUCGAAACCAGUUGACCUCAUCGGUCCCGAGCCACGCCCUGGCCAAACUGGAAAAGCUCCGCGUUUUGCUCCUGGAUAACAACCGCAUCUUUGGAGAUCUUAACCCCAUCUGCGGAUUGGAUGAUUUGACCACCGUCUUUGUGGAUUGUGGAGAAGUCGCGUGCCUCGAGGGCUGCUGUUUCUGCUGCCUAGAUGGCCAGGUCUGUCACAAUUACGAUCACAUCGCCAGCCACGAUCCACUCUGGGAAGGCGAUUACAAGCGGCAAUUUUUUGACUUUUCCUCCAACGAAGAGAACGGCAACGGCGGACGCUACUACCCUAACCGCGACGAUGAUUAUUGGUAAUUGAUAUAUUUCAAAACACAAACAGUAAAAGAAAACGUUUCUU